AUGGACGUGAAGCGCGCCGCCGCCACCGGCACGGCGGUGUUUCGACUGCCGCACUCAUUUUACGGCCCGGGGCGGCCGGAGCCCGUGGCCGUGGUUGCGCCAGCACGCGCCCUUUUCGAGUGGCCGCCGCGGCGGGGGCCGGCUCCGCGGCGGCUGAGGCCGUUUACUUGGGAGUGGGACCCGCCGGCCGUCGCCGCAGAUGCGCCGUACAGCAACGGCCGCUUCGGCGCCGUCCCGGCGUCGGAGAAGGCCAUCGCCGAGCUGCCCAGGACCACGGCCGGCGAGGCGAGGGAGAAGGGCUGCUCCGUGUGCAUGGAGGUGUUCGAGGAGGGCGACGCGCUGAGGCGGCUGCACUGCUCCCACGCGUUCCACGAGGACUGCAUCUCCAUGUGGCUCGGCGUCAGCCACCUCUGCCCGCUCUGCCGCUUCGCGCUGCGUACCCAAGGCCAGGAGGACGAGGAGGAGCGCAUGGGAUGCCGGUAGAUGACUGGCACUGGCCCUGCUAUCUCAUGAUCAGAAUCCAGAACCCGGUCAUCUUUGGUUUUGUGCCCACUGGCUCUCUAUAAGAAAACUGGUCCAGGCAAAAGUAUUUAU